AUGGCGAGUUAUGUUGUCCUCCUUAUGGCAGAUCAACAUAAGGAAGAUUAUCCUGAUGCAUCAAAUGUGUUGAAAAGAGACAGAUACAUGGAUGACUUAAUACAUUCUUGUGAAACUUCUGAUGAAGCUUUAAAGAGAAUGCAUGAUCUUGACAGAAUCCUAGCCACAGGACAGUUCCAGAUAAAGGAAUGGUAUUGUUCACUGGAGGAGGUUCGCAAACAGCUUGCACUGGAGAAGCGCGGAAAGCUGAAUGAAACAGAUAUUAGUCUUGAUGGUGAGGAGGUCAAAACCUUAGGUUUAGGAUGGAAUCCUGUGAUGGAUACUAUGAGCUUUGUUGUCAGAGAUGUGAGCACAGAGAAGUAUACCAAGAGGAUAGUGCUGUCAAAGAUGUCAAUGUUAUAUGACCCCCUAGGUCUGGCAGCAGCAGUCACUAUAAAAGCCAAGAUGGCAAUGCAAGAUGUCUGGAGACACAAGUCCUUGGACUGGGAUGACCCCCUACCUGACGAGAUGUGUGAACUAUGGCAAGGAUUAUUUGCAGAGAUGAAAAGGCUUGAACAUGUUGAAUUUGUAAGAUGCCUGAAGCCAUGUGACUCUGUCGGUUCUUCCGAGCUACAUGUGUUUGGUGAUGCAAGUAUGGGAGCCUAUGGAGCGGCAGCAUACCUACUGUGGCCAACUGUGAGAGGUACAGAAAUACAAUUGGUGUUUGCCAAGGCAAGAGUGGCUCCACUGCAUCAAACAACCAUACCAAGGUGGGAACUUAUGGCUGCCUUAGUUGCCACAAGGCUUGCCAAGACAAUCUGUAUUGAAUUUAAAGAGAAGCCAUCAGAUGUAACAUUGUGGACUGACUCUCGGAUUGUACUCCACUGGAUACACUCUGAUUCAAUAUCAUUCAAGGCCUUUGUAGGUGUUCGUAUUGCGGAGAUUCAAUCUGUUUGGGAUGCAAGUCACUGGAAGUAUGUACCAACAGCCUUGAACCCAGCUGAUGACUUGAGUCGUGGCAUAUCUGUCGAGGAGAUAAAUGGAAGAUGGGUUCAUGGUCCAUCUUUCCUGAAACUGCCAACUGAGCAAUGGCCUAUACAACCAACAGAUGAAGUAGUUGUUAAAGACAGUUCAGAGAUGAGGAAAUCUAAACUUGUUGCUUCAUGUAUCCCAGUGUUACCAGUCAUUGAAGCAGAGAAUGUGUCAAGCUGGCAGCAUCUUUUGAGGGUUACAGCCUACUGUCUUCGAUUCAUCCAAAGACUUCGAGACAAAGUAAGAAAGAGUAACAGCAGACUGAGUUUGAAAUAUCUCUGCAGUGUCAUGAAGUAUCUGCAGCUGAAUUGUUCUGGGUGA